AUGAGUUGCAGUAGCAUUGCAGGAUCUGAGUUCUCUGAGGAAGAGCUGGAGCUUGGCACACUGGGCCAAGGCGAGGAAGAUGAAAGUCCCAAAGCAUCCUUCCAAGACAGCGAGAGUUCAACCAGCAGCCCGAGUGAAGCAGAAGAAGGCCAGACCAAGAAGCGCAAUCGUCCCGUCCGUUCAAAGGCUCGACGGAUGGCUGCCAACGUCCGUGAGCGGAAACGCAUCAUGGACUACAACCAGGCUUUCAACGCGCUACGUGUUGCUCUCAAUCAUGACCUUAGUGGCAAACGCCUCUCAAAGAUUGCCACCCUGCAGAGGGCCAUUAACCGCAUCUCAGCUCUGUCAGUGUUCCUGAGCUCAAACCCACCCAGCAAACCCUGUACCCACCGGGAGUGCAACAGGCCCUCUGUAGGUGCAGCUGCAAUGGGAGGGUCUCGUGUCGAGCAGACCCGAGUACCGGUUCCUCGUCUGGAGCAUCAGAGUUACGUCCCCUGGCAUGCGUCCAUCUCUCACCAGAUGCAACAACAACAAGGGCCUCAUUUGCACAGGAUUCCCGGUGAGCCCCACAUUUACUUGGACAACUCUGGGUCCUCGUGUCCUCCAUCACCACACUACCCUUGUUAUCCAACUGAGGGACAGAUUUAUGGACACUGUGGGAGCCCCCAUGACCACCCACCAAGUCCUUUGAGAUACCCGCAGGUGGGUGAGGGUUUGGGGUACCAGCCAGCAGUGUGGGCAUCCUGCACACAGGGAUACAUUGAUACUUUCGUAGAACCGUCUCCAGCUCUGGGGCUCCCCUGGCAGGUGAGCUACCUGCAGGAACCUGAGCACAGCCUCUCUUUGUGCUCUGACAUACUUUAA